CUCCAACUAGAAGCUGUCAAACUCACCCUUAUAAUCUAACUCUAUUUUGAGAGUCUAUGACUGGUUAUCAAAAUUCAAAGCCACGGUUCCACCGCUGGACAGAUGCACAACCCACUUGGCUAAACUCAGCUAUUCGUCUUGGCGUUGAAAUAGUCGAAUUGGGAGGCUGAGCUUAAACAGAAAUUUGGCAACUGCUCUCGAAAAGUUCAGAUGUUUUAGCUUUACAGUAGCAGUUUAAGUCGGACGGUCUUGACAAACUACUUUUUCUUACAAAGUAAAACAAUAUUUCUUAAUUGCAUUGGGUUUUUUCUUUUCAGUAUUCAUAAGUUCUCCAUCUUAAUGUAAUUGUUUUUAAAUCGACAAUCUACAAUCUUUACAAGUCCACGAUCAAAGUCAGUGUGGUGAAACCGGGAAAACACGGGUAUUGUCCAGAAUGAAUCAGAUUUGUGUUGUUAUGGUGAUAUUUGGUGUGCACCACCUCUACGCUACUUCUGGGCAGGAGUGUACAUCCAGCCAGGAGCUGCAGAUCUCUCUGCGCCAAGUGGAAAAGAUGCUGGUGGCCCACGAGGCGUCCUACCAGCAGAACCUGCGUUCCCUGAGGAGGAGGCUGACUGCCCUGCAGAACAGCACCAGACAGGCCUCGGCCCUGACCACGCCCGUGGCCACGCCCCACAGGGACGCCACCUGCCCCAAGCCUGACAGUCUGACCAACGGCAGGAGGUUGGGGAGGGUGUUUGCGGUGGGACACGAGGUGCACUUUGUGUGCAAGCCUGGCUUUGAGCUUCUGGGGCCGCAGACGCGCGUGUGUCUGGAGGCCCUGCGCUGGAGCGGCCAGCAGCCAGCCUGCAGGGUCUUGAGCAGCAGCAACCCAUCCCUGCCUUCCUUCUCACCCUCCUCUUCUGAUUCCUCCUCCUCCUCCUCCUCCUCCUCCUCCUCCUCCUCCUCCUCCUCCUCCUCCUCCUCCUCCUCCUCCUCCUCCUCCACUGUCACAGUCUCCCCCACCUCCUCCUCCCCCACCUCCUCCUCCCCUCCCCUCUCGGCCUUCAUCCGUCCGUCUCGCUGUACCCAAUUUCAAGGCUCCUCCCACUGCACCUGUGACCUGGGCUUCACCAUCUCAGGCCGCGACAGCAACGUCUGCACAGACAUCGACGAGUGUGAGCUGUUCCCCCUGGGUCAGCCAGGUCGUCUGUGUGUGUUCACCUGCGUCAACACCCCAGGCAGCUUCCACUGUGUGUGUCCCAGAGGCUACAACAUGACCAGGGACAGCCGCAACUGCAAAGAUAUUGACGAGUGUGAGAGCGGACUGCAUAACUGCAGCCAGGACCAGCUGUGCGUCAACACGUACGGGGGCUUCCAGUGUGCCACGGUGGAGUGUCCUCACGUCCUGAACGCCUCGUACAUCAAGACGUCCCCCAUGCGAUGUGAGAGGAACCCCUGUCUGGUUGGGGACGAGGCCUGCUCCCAGGCUUACAACUCCAUCUCCUUCCACUUCCUGUCCGUGGUGUCCAACAUGUCCGCCCCCAGGGUGCUGUUCAGGGUGUCUGCCGCCCGCGUCCUGGGCGACACGCUUCGUUUCGGGCUGGUGGGCGGCCGAGGGCGGGGCCACUUCAGCGUGCAGCGCUCCAGCCGGCAAACAGGGACCCUGCUGCUGGUCAGCCCCGUAGAGGGCCCCGCAACCCUGGAGGCCGAGGUGGAGAUGAGUGAGCUGGAGAGACGAGCCAUGCUGGGGAAAUACCUCACCAAGGUCACCCUGUUUGUCUCUCCCUAUGUCUUCUAGAGGAGGGGGGAGGAGGGGGGGA